AUGCCAAAGCCUCUACAGCACGAAGAUAGAAUCCAAUUAGCACUCGAGGCCUUACGUUCAGGCCAAAUCAAAAUCAUUCGCAAGGCUGCGGAUGCGUUUGGUGUACCGAAGUCCACUCUCCACAGACGCGUCAAGGGGGGCGGUACGCGUCAAGAAGCUCAAGUCAAGAACCGAAAGCUACGCCCAACUGAAGAAGCAGCCUUGAUUCAAUGGAUCGAGUCAUUGGACGACCGUGGGAUGUCGCCGACGAUCGGUUAUAUCCGACAGAUGGCUGACCUUCUUCUCCGCGAGCGUGGAGGCUUCACUCUACUCGACGCGUCUCUUACAUCCACCCCGGUCCCGGCAAUGACUGUCGGUGAGAACUGGGUCCAGCGGCUUCUUCAUCGGCAUCCCCAUCUGGAGACGAAGUAUUCUAGAAAGUACGACUAUCAACGGGCCUUAUGCGAGGAUCCAGAGAAGAUUUCAGCGUGGUUUGCACGAGUGCAAAGGACCAUCAACGAAUACGGUGUUCUUGACAGCGACAUCUACAACUUUGACGAGACUGGUUUCCAGAUGGGUGUUGCAAGCACGUCUAAAGUGGUCACUCGAUCUGACCGACGGAAUCGACCUGUUGUUAUCCAGCCGGGAAAUCGAGAGUGGACAACUGUCAUCGAGUGCAUUAACGCAUCCGGCUGGAGUGUUGACCCGAUGAUUAUCUUUGAAGGAAAAGUCCACAUUUCGUCGUGGUACGACGGCUCAGUGCUGCCAAAGACAUGGCGGAUUGGAGUCAGCGAUAACGGCUGGACAACCGAUGAGCUUACCUUCGAGUGGCUUCGAGAAGUCUUCGAGCCACAAACUCGAAAACGGACUGUUGGUCGAUAUCGGCUUCUCAUUCUCGAUGGUCAUGGAAGCCAUUCGACGCCUGCAUUCGACAAAUUCUGUACUGAGCAUCGGAUCCUUACAGAGUGUAUGCCUCCGCACUCGUCGCACUACCUUCAGCCCCUUGACGUUAGCUGUUUCGCUGUGCUUAAGCGGACGUACGGCGACCUUGUCAAAGCGAAGAUAGCACUCGGGGUUCAUCACAUUGACAAACCGCGAUUCCUCGAACUGUUUCUCGAAGCUCGGAAAAAGACAUUCGAUACAAAGAACAUCGCAAGCGGCUUUAGAGCUGCAGGGCUCUUGCCUUUCGAUCCAACUCAGGUUCUUUGUCGGCUACAAACCAGGAUACGGACACCGAGUCCCCCUCCUACCCCUAUCCAACCGCCAAGUCUGCCUCUCAAAACGCCCGCAAACAUCGUCGAACUUGACUCUCUCCAGAGGAAACACCAGAGAGAGAUAAGCCCAACAGAUCAGGCGCUUCAGAAAAUCAUCAAGGGCUGCCAGAUGGCGAUGCACAAUGCUACUCUUUUGCAGGAAGAGAACUCGCGACUUCGAGCUGAAAAUGGUCGACAAAAGAGAAAGCGGGCACGCCGAGCUUUCAUUCAGGCAGGAGGGACUAUGACAAUUGGAGAAGGGAUGACACACAUUGAGGCCUCCCAGAAUGCUCUUCAGAAGGGCCAAAGAAGCCAGGAAGCUCGUCGAGAGGUCGAAGGAGAGGCGGGGCCAUCGGACACGACUGCACCAAAGGCACGAAAGCGUGCGCAGCCGAAGUGUAGUGUUUGUGGCUCACUCAAUCGAGCACAACGCCAGAAAAUGCCCUUGUAA